UCAUACAUAUAACAUAUUGUUGAUUUUUCAAUUUCAUCUUUAUGGGAUAACAAAUUCAUCCAAUAUCAUAUCAAAUUAGAAAUAAAGAAUAACAUUGUUGGCUAUUAAUAGUCCAAUAAUUUCUGAUUAAUCAGUUGGCGAGUGGCGACAUCAAACUUCAAAUCAGAAUUAAUUUAGGAGUUCAACAUUUCAACGUCGGUACGUAGCAUAUUUCAUAUCUAUAAAAUAACGAUAAUUUCCCGUUAAAACAACGUGUUAACAAAAUUCCGAAUCAGAAUUGCAUUGCCUUGUUUUGUGUCAUAAUUGUUUUGCAACUGUAAACAAAGAAGACGAACAAAAUCAACUUAUUGAGCUUUAUUCAUGGGUAAAACAAUUGGUUUAGGAAAUGUCCUUAUCUAAAGACGGCCGUAAUAAUCAUAAUUACGAUCGCGACUCAAGCAGUGACACCGAGGACUACCACGAUACAGAUGAUCAUAGACGUCGAGUGUUUAAGACAAGACUGAGUUAUGGAAGUUCUCUAAAACCUAAGUCCUGUUUAGUGCAGCGCCAUUCUAUUGGUAGUCAGCUACCCUUAACUCCUAUCACAAAGCAACAUUCAACUUCAGGGAGAAACAGAAAAGCUAUGACAAGAUUUUCUUGCUCAAUGAAUUCAAUGAAAAGUCUGAUGAAUCAAAACUCGACUUCUUCAGGUUCUAGUAGUAUUCAAAGUGCUUCUGGAUCAGGACUUAUAGCUAACUCUAGAAAUAUUCCUAAUAAAGAAGAGAGAGUAACAUUAAUAGUUGAUAAUACAAGGUUUAUUGUGGACCCUUCUAUAUUUAUUGCACAUUCAAACACUAUGCUUGGAAGAAUGUUUAGUUCUAACGAGUAUACAAACAAAAAUGAACGAGGAGAAUAUGUAGUAGCAGAAGGUGUCUCAGCAAACGUUUUUAGAUGCAUUUUAGAAUAUUAUAAAGGCAAUGUUAUGCGUUGUCCAUCUUCUAUAUCAGUACAAGAGCUUCGUGAAGCUUGUGACUACUUAUUAGUACCGUUUGAUGCCAAAACUGUAAAAUGCCAAAAUUUAAGAGGAUUAUUACAUGAGCUAUCAAAUGAAGGAGCACGUUGUCAAUUUGAAGUAUUUUUAGAGGAAUUAAUACUACCGCUAAUGGUGAAUUCGGCUCAAAGAGGUGAUCGAGAAUGUCACAUUGUUGUCUUAUUAGAUGAUGAUUCUGUGGACUGGGAUGAAGAAUACCCACCACAAAUGGGUGAAGAAUAUUCUCAAACUGUCAACAGUACAGCAUUAUAUAGGUUCUUUAAAUAUAUAGAAAAUCGAGAUGUUGCUAAACAAGUAAUGAAAGAACGCGGACUUAAAAAAAUUCGUUUAGGAAUUGAAGGAUAUCCAACUUAUAAAGAAAAAAUUAAAAAAAGAGCUGGAGGACGAGCUGAUGUUAUAUACAAUUAUGUUCAACGACCAUUUAUACAUAUGUCAUGGGAAAAAGAAGAAGCUAAAAGUCGCCAUGUCGAUUUCCAAUGUUUAAAAUCAAAAUCAGUAACCAAUCUAGCAGAAGCAACAGCAGACCCAGUUUUGGAAUUAGACGCUAGAGGUAAUCCUUUGGGUGCUGUAGCUGUAGAUCCUGAAAAUAGAGUGGUUAAUGACAUUUUUGAUUAUGAUGAUGGAAAUGUUGAGUCACCUCCGCCUCCCACAGCUUCAGAAGCUGAACAAAAUGAAGAGUCCCAUUUCAACGAUCAGUAAUUUUCAGGCAUAUUAAGCCAAUAAAAGUAAUAUUCUUUUAUUAUAACUGACUGUUUUUAGCGUUAUUUCUAAGUUUUUUUCUAUUAUAAGCAUAAUGUUACUACUAUUACUCAUAAAGGUCUAUUCUACUAUAAUUUAAUUAAUAUCUAUAAACAAACAUUUAUAAUCAAUUUAUU